CCCCAGUCCUGGGUAUGUCCAGCGUGAGAGUUGGGAGUAGUAGUGUUGUAAACACAGGCUUGAACCCUUACGAUACUGCUGUUAACCGUUCCUCUGCUGGUGUCACAAGUUUCGUUCGGUUGGGAUGGGAAGUAGGGCUUUUGGUAGUCAGUCUUUUAUUCCAGGAAUAGGUAGUGGGGCUUUCAGUGGCCAGUCUUCUAUUCCACCCGCACCUACUGCUUCAAGUAGAUGGUGGGAAAAUGUCGCCGGUGGAACCACAUUGCUUCCUGGGGCCGGCAUUACAAAACCAGGAGAAAACUUGGGUAGGAGCCCUUUGAAAGUUCCCAAAGCUCUUGUGUUCGACGGAUCGGACGUUGCAUACCCGUCAUGGUCAUAAAACUGUCUGCUGUGUGCCCGACACAACAACUUGUUAGAAGCAUUUACUUCUGUAGUGGAAAUUCCGAUCGCAAGCAUUGAAUUCGACUUGACCCCUUGGGUAGACAAAGGAUUCAGUGUGGAUGUGCUGCGCCAGGCAGGAGAACGACCUGGGAGGACGGAAGGACGUUGCGUCCGUAGGGGGUAAACAUUACCCCAUGAUAGUGAAGGAUUAUUUCACAAGACGUACAUGGACGUAUUUCCUGGAAAGUAAAUCAGACGCUGCCAGUGCUUUCCGGGGUUUUCUCGCAAGUGUGCGUGCUGAUGGUACCCCAUCAUUAGUUGAGAUUGUUAGAUCUGACAAUGGUGUUGAGUUUUUCGGAGGAGAAUUUGCGUCCGUGUGCAACGAGCUCCUGAUUAAUAAGCAAAAGUUCACCCUAGCUUACAGUCCCCAAUACAACGGUGUUGCAGAGCGUGGUUUGGGAUUGAUUGAGGCGGCGGCAAUGGCUACCCGUAUUCAGGCAAAAGUUUUGUUUGGGCAUGUGCAAUUACCCAAGACUGAUAGACUAUGGGCUGAGGCGAUGCACUGGGCUUGGGAAGCAAUUAACCACACAGCUUGUUCCGCUAACCCCGAUAGGAGAUCGCCGCAUGAGAUGUGGCAUGGUCAAGCUAGUCCUGCUAGACCGCAUCCGUUUUUGAAACCGGCUUACCGUAGGUGGCAGCGACCGUCGAAGCUGCUGCUGAAGGAGGAGGGAGGGGAGGAACGGCCGGAGACAGAGGAGGCAGAAUCGGCGGGUUCGGGAGGGCAGGAGGUAGAGUCGGAGAGUCAGGAAGGGUUGGAUGAAGAGCUGGUUGAGCCGGGAGGGCAGGAGGUAGAAUCAGAGUCAUUUCCCCGUGCUACGCACGUACCAUCUAAUCAUCGUGCGCGGCAUGAGUUUGCUAGUUACAACACUGCUGCAAAUGAGAAUGUUGAAGUCAGAGAAGGCAGAACCCGUGCGCAAACUCGGGCAGUAAAUCAGCAGAGCGUAACCGGCCUCAUGGCCGGAACGUUCGCGUUAGCAGUAAAGGCCCCGACAGGCUGUAUCGUGAUAGAUGCUGGAUUGGUCUAUAAAUGGAAAGCAGACGAAACAGGCAAGAUAGUGAAGGCCAAGGCUAGGUUUGUAGCGAAGGGCUUGGCGAAGAAGCAUGGUGUGGGUUAUCUUGAGACUUUCUUGCCUGCUGCAAAUGCUGCAUCGAUUCGUUUGCUGGUAGCAUUGGCGUGCAAGUACAACUUGGAAUUACUCCACUUUGACAUUGAGCAAGCGUUUGUUCAGUCGGAAUUGGAUCAUGAGGUGUUCGUGAAGUUGCCUCCUGGCUGCGAGUCGAUCUCAGGAAAGGUCGUCCGUUUAGACAAGAGUUUGUAUAGCCUGAGGCAGGCAUGNCAUGAGGUGUUCAUGAAGUUGCCUCCUGGCUGCGAGCCGGUGUCAGGAAAGGUCGUCCGUUUAGACAAGAGGUUGUAUGGACUGAGGCAGGCAUCUAGAACAUUUCACAAGAGACUAGUGUCGGACCUGAUGACAAUUGGUUUUGAGCAGUCUCUGUCUGACCCGUGUGUUCUCCGUUUCAUAAUGGGGGACGAGGUGAUGGGUAUGGUCGCGAUUCAUGUGGAUGACAUUCUGUAUGCAGGAAUUGAGAGCCUUGCCAAGACGGUUGUGGAAGCGCUAGGUGACUCUCUUUCCACGAAGAAUUUGAGCGAGGUCAAGUUCUUUCUUGGUUGCGCAUGUAGUCGCGACCGCGAGGCUGGCACGAUUGAGAUUUCUCAAGAGAGUUACAUAAGGAGUGCUCUCGAGGGAGUCAAUAUUUGUCGCACCAGCUCGAUCCCCGCUUCCCCUGCUAACGCUUACAGGUCCGUGAUUGAGGAUACCACCCCCCUCUCUAGCUGGUGA